AUGACGUUGGAUCAAGAUUUCCCGGGAAAAGUAACCCAUUGCAACCACGUUACUUUUAUUUCAAUCGCUCAGUGGAGCGUUGAGGAGGACAACACAAAAAUGGGCAAAAAGCCAAAGGCAAAGAAAGAUACUGCAGCAAAAAUGAAAAAACCGGAAAAUGUGCUGAGAGGAAAGACAACGAAUCCACAGACAGCUUUCAAACUCACGAUUCCAGAAAAAGUGUAUAUAUUCUUGUUCACAGAGGCUGCCAGCGAUGUCACCAUUACUGUAGAAGUGGACAAUCCUUUCAAAGUUCUUGAAAACACUCCCAUACUAUAUCUUCGCUGGAACUUUUCAAUUUCUGGUAGUGACCCAUUAAAAGAAGUUGAUUUCUUUAUCAGUAAAGAAGGUGCUGACGAGUACAUUGGGUAUCUAACCGACACUAAGAUAAAAAUCUCAUCUAGUUUUUCUGCACGGGAUCGUUUUACGAUCGAGCGCCCAGCUACUUUGAUAAUCCGCAACGUAUCUGCUUCCGAUGCUGCGAAGUAUAUGUUUGCAGUUGAGCUGGACUCAGCGGAAAGAACGCAAAGUAUAAUCGACCUGCACGUUCUCGACAAGCCAACUGGAACAAGUAUUACAUCCAGCCCAACUAAUAAUACUGUGUUACGUAACAGUAGCUUGGUGUUCAGCUGCAGAACAGAUGCCAACCCUGCAGCACAUAUUUAUAAUUUUUAUUUUAAUGGUACCUUUAUUGGUGUGAACAACUUGGGUAGGUAUCCUGUCACAGUUCAAGCAGAUGGAGAGUACACUUGUGUACCUUUGAACGCAGUCGGCAUAGGUGACAAUGCCACCUUUGCUGUCAUAGCAGUUGAUGCACCUUUAGUAGAUGUUUUCCCCACUAUGACCUCUGUCCAAGAAGGAAACAAUAUCACAUUGUCAUGUAAUGCAUCUGGGAAACCAGCACCUGUUAUAGCAUGGACAAAAGCUGGCUCAUCACAAGUUCUCUCUCACACUUCUUUGCUGUCAGUUGUCAAUGUAAGCAGACCUGGGACAGCAGACAACAUGAUCCAGUAUCAAUGUAAAGCUAGUAAUGGAGUGGAGACACCUGCUACAGCUACAGUCAAUGUCACUGUUCACUUCCCCCCUGAUAUUGACCAUGCCCCAUCAGCUUAUCAAGUUGUAGAAGGAAGUGGGUUGAUCCUGUUCUGUAAUGCCACUGGAAAUCCAAAGCCCAACAUUACUUGGACCAAACAAGGAAACAACAGUGAACUGUCAACAUCAGAGACUCUUACUUUGUCAAAGCUGACAAGAGAAGAUGAUGGAUCUGUUUUUGAAUGUACAGCACAAAACUACAUCACUUCAGUGAAAGCUAUGGCAGUUCUUACUGUUUGGUAUCAACAGAGUGUAACAUCACGGCAGUGUCUCAGUCCAGUAACUGAGGGUGACAAUGUGACACUUCAUUGCAGUGCCAUUGGUAACCCUGUGCCCAGCAUUGCAUGGAUCAGAGCAAGAUCAAGGGCGAUACUGACAUACAACAAGACUUUGAUUUUUAGGAGUAUCGCACGCAGUGAGUCUGGGGGAUAUGAGUGCCUUGCUUGGAAUGGAAUUGGAAACAACAGCACCAACUCUUGUUCAAUUGAUGUACAUUAUUUACCAAAGGCCUUAGCUCUGUUGACUACUCCAAUCAAUACUACAGUGCUUGAUGAUACUGCUAUGAAGCUUAACUGUAGUACAGAUGCCAACCCUGAUGCUCAUACUUAUCACUUCUACUUUAAUGGCAACCUUACUGGUAACAGUAGCUCUGGUGUGUUUAACAUCAGUGUGAAGGAAGAUGGAGAGUACACCUGUGUUCCUGUUAACAAAGUAGGCACAGGAAGCAAUGCUAGCGUCAGCAUCACUCCUGUUGUGGCUCCAUCAGUGGAUUUGUCAAGUUCCAUAAUAGUUACUAAGGAAGGCGGUAACAUUUCAUUGAGCUGUAAUGUAUCUGGUAAACCUGAACCCAGCAUAUCAUGGACAAGAAUUGGUAGUUCAGAUGUUCUCUCUGUUUCACCAUCACUAACUGUUGUGAAUGUGAGCAGGCCUGGGACAGCAGACAACAUGAUCCAGUAUCAAUGUACAGCCAGUAAUGGAGUGGAGACACCUGCUACAGCUAUUGUCAAUAUCACUGUCCAUUUCCCCCCUGAUAUUGACCAUGCCCCAUCAGCUUAUCAAGUUGUAGAAGGAAGUGGGUUGAUCCUGUUCUGUAAUGCCACCGGAAAUCCAAAGCCCAACAUUACUUGGACUAAACAAGGAAACAACAGUGAACUGUCCACAUCAGAGAGACUUACCAUAAUAAAUGUUUUGAGAGAAGAUGACCAGUCUGUUUACAAAUGCAUAGCAGCAAAUUCAUUGGGAUUAGCACAAGUUACUCCCAAAGUCACUGUCCUCUAUCCACCACAGCCUUUUAUACAACAUUGCCCCAGUCCAGUAACUGAAGGAGAUAAUGUGACAUUAUACUGCAAUGGAACUGGUAAUCCAUCACCUCAAACAGCCUGGAUAAAGUCUGGAAAGGUUCUGGUGACAGACAGUGUUUAUGUUAUGAGAGCAAUUAACAGAAGUCAGGCUGGAAUAUACCAGUGUAUGGCUUGGAAUGGAAUCAUGAGAAAUGUGACUUCAAACUGUAGCAUUGAUGUUCACUAUCCAUCUUUGAUUGAGUCUGCCCCAGUUAGUCAAGUUGUCCUUGAAGGAAACAACUUGACUUUACAUUGCAAUGCAAGUGGCAAUCCUACACCAAACAUCACCUGGACUAAAGAAGACAGUCCAUCAGUGCUACAUCAAGGAAUUACAUACAGCAUUGUGGACAUAGACAGAAAUGCUGCAGGGAAUUACACUUGUACAGCUUGGAAUGGAGUUGGAGGACAAAAGAAAGCUAUUGCUGCUAUCACUGUACACUAUGCAGCAGAAAUUGUCUUUGCUCCCAAAAACAAGACAGUCCUGGAAUAUGACAAUGUUACUUUCUUCUGUAAUGCAUCAAGUAAUCCACCCUCACAGAUUAUCUGGACCCAAGAGGGAAACAGUACAGUUCUGCAUAAAGGAGAAACCUUUGUCAUUGAAAAUGUCUCAAGAAAACUUAAUGGACAGGAAUACAAAUGUAGGACAUGGAACAAUGUCACCAAAGAUAUGGAAGCAUAUGCUCAACUCACUGUUCAUUAUCCUUCAACAUCAACCAUGAUUACAACUGUUCCGACAAAUACUACAGUGCUAUGUGACAGUGCUGUGUCACUGAGCUGUAAUGCAGAUGCCAACCCCAGUGUCCAUACUUAUCACUUUUACUUUAAUGGCAACCUUAUUGGUAACAGCAGCUCUGGUGUGUUUAACAUCACUGUGAAGGAAGAUGGAGAGUACACUUGUGUUCCUGUCAACAGUUUAGGUGCAGGAAGUAAUGCUAGUGUGAGCAUCACUUCUGUUGUGGCCCCAGUUACUGAGGUGUUUCCUCAAACUGGCACUGUCAUUGAAGGUGGAAACAUCACCUUGAUCUGUAAUGUCAGUGGUGUUCCUUCUCCUUCUGUUGUCUGGACUGAAGUUGGCAGCCCGGUCAUUUUGUCUCAAAAAAUUUCACUGACUGUUGCAAAUGUAACCAGACCAGGGACAAGAGAUAACCUGAUCCAGUAUCAGUGUACAGCCAGGAAUGGAGUGGGCACAUCUAGUACAACUACAGUCAGCAUUGCUGUUCACUAUCUUCCAGAGAUAGCAAGGGAAUUACACUUGUACUGCUUGGAAUGGAAUUGGUGGACAAAAGAAAGCUAUUGCUGCUAUCACUGUACACUAGAUAAUCCACAGUACAGUUUUGAAGAAUUAAUGAGCAAGGGUUGUCUUCUGAUUCUUCAGAACAAUUUUUUACUUCAUGAAUUAUUGUUGUUGGCUUCUCUUUCAGAUGUGGCUGAAAUUGUCUCUGCUCCCAGAAACAGGACAGUCCUGGAAUAUGACAAUGUUACUUUCUUUUGCAAUGCAUCAAGUAAUCCACCCUCACAGAUUAUCUGGACCCAAGAAGGAAGCAGUACAGUUUUACAUACAGGAGAAACCUUUGUAAUUGAAAAUGUUUCAAGAAAACUUAAUGGACAGCGAUACAAAUGCAGGACAUGGAACAAUGUCACCAAAGAUGUGGAGGCAUAUGCUCAGCUCACCGUUCAUUAUCCUCCAACAUCAACCAUGAUUACAGCACUUCCCACAAACACGACAGUGCUGCAUAAUACUGUCAUGAUGCUAAACUGUACUACAGAUGCCAACCCUGAUGCUCAUACUUAUCACUUCUACUUUAAUGGCAACCUUAUUGGUAACAGCAGUUCUGGAAUGUUUAAUAUCCCCGUAAAAGAAGAUGGAGAGUACACUUGUGUUCCUGUUAACAAAGUAGGCACAGGAAGCAAUGCUAGUGUCGGCAUCACUGCUGUUGUUGUGGAAGGUGGAAACAUUACCUUGAUCUGUAACAGCAGUGGUGUUCCUUCUCCAUCGGUUGUCUGGACUCAAGUUGGAACCACAAACGUUUUGUCUCAAAACAAGUUACUUAUUGUGGUAAAUGUUACUAGACCAGAGACACCAGAUAACUUGAUCCAGUAUCAAUGUACAGCCAGUAAUGGAGUAGGUACACCUGGUACCGCUGCAGUUAACAUAACUGUUCAAUAUCCUCCGGAGAUAGUCAGAUAUCCAUCCACUUCACCCAUCAUUGAAGGUGGCAACAUCACACUUGUCUGCCAGGCUAUUGGAAAUCCACAGCCAAACAUAACUUGGACCAAGAGAGGAAGCAAUAAAAUUUUGUCCCAUUCAAAGGCACUCGUCUUGGCUAAUUUAACUAGAUUAGACAACGAAACAGAAUACAAAUGCAAAGCCAUGAACUAUUUAGGAUUCGUUGAAGCCUCGACUUUAGUUACCAUCCACUAUUCAUCCUUGAUUGAGUCUUCCCCAAUCAAUCAAGUUGUCCUUGAAGGAAACAACUUAACUCUACGCUGCAGUGCUUCUGGAAAUCCUACACCAAACAUCACGUGGACUAAAGAUAAAAGUUCAUUAGUGCUACAUCAAGGAGAUACUUACAGCAUUGUGGACAUAGACAGAAAUGCUGCAGGGAAUUACACAUGUACAGCUUGGAAUGGAGUGGGAGAACCAAAAAAAGCCAUUGCUGCAGUAUCUGUACACUAUCCUGCUGAGAUAGUCACUCGUCCUAAAGACCAAGUGUUGUGGUUGGGGGAGAACACAACUCUAGUGUGUGACGCUGUUGGUAACCCUGUGCCAAACAUGAGUUACUCUGUGCUUGGAGAGAAUGCCUCAGUCGUUUACAGCAAGACACUUGUUAUUAAGAGUUCCAGCGUAACUUAUGUUAAGAUGUACACAUGCACGGCAUUUAAUGGAGUACAGCCACCAGUGUCUGUCAAUGCUACUGUUACAGUGUUGGUAAGACCUUGUUCUCGUUCCCCCUGUGCUAAUGGAAAUUGUACGGACAUAAAGACGCCGCCAUCUUACCGUUGCACUUGUCCUUCUGGUUAUCAGGGAAGACACUGUAUUCAGCAAAUUACAAAAGAAACUGAUAGAGUGAGGGGGAGAGUAAAACUUGAAAGGUGUCCAUACAAGUAUCACCCAGACUACAAUAACCACAGCAGUGAGAUGUACAAGGAGCUCAGCAACGACUUCAUAAAGAAUAUGACUGUAUUAUACGAAAAUGAGAAACAAUUUGGUCUCGUCACAGUUAACGACAUUUACAGUGACGCAAGUGACAACGUUAUGGUGAACUUCACCUUAGUUUUCUUUAAAGGAAAUAAGACUGUUGAUGAGCUUCAUCAGGUCCUGGAAAAAUCCGUGGAAAAUGGCAGGGUUUAUUCGUUACCAGUGCAGAGAGGCACGCUCCGGCUGACUCUAAUAACGACUCCAGCACCCGCUACAGCUAUUCCACCGGCUGUAGCCGCACGGAGCAAGAAAAUUGAACCGUGGAUUAUUGUCGUGGUUGCAGCUAUUGGUGGACUGGUGUGGCAGGAGGAGGAAGAAGAAAAAAGAUGUAUCCCAAGGAUACGAAGACCACACUGUGUUUUCAUCGUCUCUGUUGGCAGUGGAAAGUGGAUUGAUCUGCCUCAUGGUGAAAACGGAAAUAAGUCAUCAAAAGAGGAGUAUGCAAUGACCAAUUCUGUGGCUUACAUGGAGGGUGGACCUUACCAGGAACGCGCUGUUGAAGAGAAAGAACCCGAGAGCAAUGGUGAGUUAAACGUAGGUCAUUUAGUUUACCGAUAA